AUGCGUUUAAUUGUACUGGGAAUAAACGUAUUUUGGCUCGCAGUGUUUCUGUUUGGAUACUACAUGAAUCCUCGACAUGGUAAGUCCCUAUUCUUCAAUAUAAUCCCAUCUUUCGUUUGGAUGUCAAGUAUAAUAUAAAUUUUUUAUGUUUUCAGGACUUUUAAAGACUGGAUUGAUGCUCACAGCCGUCUGCUGUUACAUGUUUUGGUUGAUUAUCUUUUUGCACCAAAAAAAUCCGCUGAUUGGACCACAAAUCGCGGCGAAAGACCUGUGGUGGAUGGACCAACAAUGGGGCUCGAUCCAUCGUCCAGUCAAACGAGAAGCCGUCGAUUGUGGCGAGACCUGCUCCAGAUACUAA